GUAGAUCUAUUUGCAAACUAUGGAACACUUUAUUCCAAGACCAAAGAUUCACCGAGAACCCUUGGUAAUGCUCCAAAGCAAUCUCAAGUUCUCAUGUUGAAAGAACGUAGGCUUUAUUUGACGAGUGUAGAUCUGAACUUUGUUCCUCCAUCUAUUGAAUUUAGCGAUGCACUUAGCCUAAAGCAUUUUAACAAUUCAAAAGUUGCCGAUACAGUUAGAGUUAUUCACUGCGAUGGUUUGUUGUUAUGCACCACCACGGAGGGUGAACUCGUAGUUUGGAGCCCUUGUUUAGGGGAAACAAGGUGGAUCAAACACAACGAUGGUUGCAAGUGUUUCCGUCGAAAGGCUAUGUUUACUUUAGGAUACGGAAACAACCAAUCUUGCCGCUGCUACAAAAUUUUGAUGUUUUUGGAUUGGUACGAUAUAAGCGGCGAGUACGACCAAAAUUCUGAUAUUUUUUGGAUGUUCGUCUCCUUUUUGUUGUCUAUACCCACAUCUGUCUCUGGCCAACGAUAAUCUGAAAUUAGUCUACAUAGCAACAUGCCAACAACACUGGUUUUGUUUUCGAAAGAUCUUUGGUUUGAAAACUUGAUCGAGGGUCAAAAGUCUGAGGUAUACAACAAGACAAGUAGACAACGAUUGAUUUGUUCUCUCUUCUUCAACUUUCUAAUAUCAAGCAAAAGCAAUUGCUGAUUCCUUGGACUGUUUUUUUUUUCAUACUAGGACAGAAGCAAUGGCUAGCUAAUCUGGAAGCGGUGGUGGCUUAAGAGAACCGCCGAGUGAGCAAAUUAUUGUCGAUUUAAUGAUUAAUAAACAAGAGGAAAGGAAACAUUAUAUCAAUGUGGAAUAUAUGAAAAAAAUAUUGUCGGCUUAAUGAUUAGUGAUAAACAAGAGGAAAGGAAAAAAAUAUAGGGGAAAUCAUUUUUUUUUUGUCCGUAUAAAAAAAUAAGGUUGGUUCAGUGGAAACUUUAAAACUCAAAACCCUAAUUUCUAUUUCUCUAGAUAGCCCCCAUUGAGUUGUUCUCGUCUUCCUUCAAACCCUUCAUUUUCCCUUGGGCAGGGAUAGCUUCCAAAAGAGAGGGAAACAAGGAUGUCGAAUCUUCCGGCAGAUUUGGUAGAAGAAAUACUCUCUAGGAUUCCGGCCACAUCUCUGAAACGGCUGAGAUCUACUUGCAAAAAAUGGAACGCUUUAUUCAAAGACAACAGGUUCAUCGAGAAGCACCUUUGUAACGUUCCAAAGCAGCUUCAUGUUCUCAUAUUGGAGGGAUGUAGGCUUUAUCCGACGAGCGUAGAUCUGAACGCUGUUCCUCCGUCUAUUGAAUUUAGCGAUGAACUUAGCCUAAAUUAUUCGAAUAAUUCAGAAAAGGUUUAUAUAGACACAGUUUUUCACUGCGAUGGUUUGUUGUUAUGCACCACCGGGGAGGAUGAACUUGUGGUUUGGAAUCCUUGUUUAGGGGAAACUACGUGGAUCAAACAAAACGAUGGUUGCCUGUGUUUCCGACGGUGGAUACCACGGUUUGGACAAUUUAAUGGGAGAAAGACCAAAUUUGCUUUAGGAUACGAAAAUAAUCAAUUUUUCCGAAGCUACAAAAUCUUGAUGUUUUGGGGAUUUGACAAAACAGGAGGCGACCUAGUUGAUGGAUUUGAAAUCUACGACUUCAACUCUAAUGCGUGGAGAGUUGUUAAUGCUCCCAACUGCUUUGUAAUAAGAUCCCAUGGCGUGGCUUUGAAGGGAAAUGCUUACUGGAAUGCUUAUGAUGACAAAGACUCCGACUACUUGCUCAGUUUUGAUUUUACGAGAGAGAGAUUUAUACGUUUGUGUUUUCCUCUCCCGUCUCAUGACUGUAUAUAUACGGCUCUAUCAGUUGUUAGAGAAGAACUCUCAGUGUUGCGUUGUAUAAUAGGUUCAUCAACGAUGGAGAUGUGGGUGACCAAUACUAAUUGUGAAGCAGAUUUGUCAUGGAGCAAAUCCUUUGAAGUGGACUAUGGUUUUGAUGUUUACACGAGUCUUUUAAUUGACGAGCAUAAGAAAGUGGCCUUGUGUUGUAGUUCAUAUUUUAGGGAGGACAGGAACGUGGUGUGCACUUUGGGAGAGGAAGAUAAAUAUUACACAGAAAUCGCUUUUAAAGCAACGUAUUUAUUACGUCCUCAUAUUUUCAAUUAUGUUCCAAGUUUGGUUCAAAUCCAGCAAGGUAUUGAAUCAGAUGUUUUUGGUAAAAGUCCUCGUAGAAGAUGGGAUGAACGUAGCGGAGGAGGUGAUAGUGAAACGUGGGAGGAUUAUCACGCCCAGUUACAACAAGAGAUUGAUGACAUGAACUCCGCGUUUGAAGAAUGGGACGGGUGGGAGAUAGAGUGUACUGAUUUUAGCAGUCUUUGUAGAAACCGAGGUCGUGGGUGGAAGACGAGGUGAGUUACCUUGUGACACAAGUGAUCUCUCCUGAUAUUUAUUCCCCCGUCUCUGUGUCUCAUUAUAUUUUUGUAUAAUCGUCGCAGUUUCUGCUAAGCCAUGAAAUUUAAUUAUCAUCUUGAACAAUAUCUCAGUUCUCAAAAAGGAACUCUUUGGCACUCUAUCUUCUUGCAUCUUUUGCUCACUUGUUAGCUUUGGCGUUCAUUUAUAAAUAUUUUAUUGAUUUCAGUUCAGCCUUAUACUAGAACGUGUUUGUUUGCCACUUUGAGACAAAAGAUUUACAUACCAAUGGCCUCAUCACCUCACCACCCACGGCCAGGCGAGGUACACAAUGUGCUCGCCUUCGCUCGCUUUUGUGUUUUUUUUCUUCUUCCUAAAGCACUCGUGGUGAGGCUUUGUUGCAAGUAUAUAAACCAAUUGGUUUGUUUGAAAAUAGUACAUAAACCCGUUUUGAUUCCAACCGAUGUAGUAUCAAUAUUUUCUGUGGAGAAGAGUAUAUCCUUCUCAAUUAACCUUGGUUGAUGAAGAUGAUGACAUGAAGGGUGUUUAGACAAGGAAGACCUUGGCUACGACAAAAAGUCGGAGUUUGAAGAGAAUUAAUUAUGGUUUUGAAUCUGACUAAUAGAGUUUUAGGAAUUCUUGUUUUGGUUUGGUUUUGAAUUUGGUAUUUUUAGUUGGUAUUUUACUUGGUGUUCUUGCUAAUUAAACUUUAUAUUUUGCAAAUAUUUUGAAGUUUUGGAUUAAAUUAAAGUGGAUUUGGUGUUUCUGGUUUCUAGCAUAAACGACCGCUUUCUGGUGUCUCUUUAAAGCUAUCAGUUCUUAUCAUGAGUACAUAGAGUUUUGCUUACCUUUUUGAUGAAGCAUACACGACCGCUUGUCGACCACUUUCUCGCCUUGAGUUGCCUUUCGGCAUUUUAAACUAGCCAAUACAUCAUCUCGUUAGUUCAAUAACAUACGUUGUGAUGGAAGAGGGUUUGAAUCAUUUUGUGAAGAAACCGUUGACAUGGCAAAGCCUAACAAUUCAUCAAAACGAUUUCAUGUCAUCUAUUCCAUUCACGUACAUUCAUCAAGAGUAAUUCAUUGUAUCUGUUCUCUUUUGCCGGCUCAUCCUCUAUACCUCCAAAAAUCUCUUUAGUCACUCCUUACACAUCCACCUAUCAUUACCCCUUUCGGACAAGUUUUUCCUCAAUCUUUAUAAGAAAAAUUGCCAUGCUAAUCUCCAAGAAAUUAGUUGGCAUCAAAGCCAGGGCCGGCUUAGAUAGGGGGUAUCAUAGAUGAGGAUUCUAGUCAAAGUUAUACGAAGCUCAAAAUUUGCAGUCUCCAAUUGGUCUUAGCAACAAGAUGAUUAGCUGUAACCCCGUAGGAAAUUAACUUUUUUCUGAGAAGAGAGCUUGGAAUAUGCAAGUGAUCGUUGCGAGAAAGCCUCUGGAUAAGAAACAUCAGUAGAUUCAAAAUCAUCAUUGUAGUGAAUAAACAUGACUUGAUGCGUCAGCUUUUUUUUAGUAUAGUGUGUGAGACUCCUAGCCAAUUUUCUUGGAUAUGUAACAUCAUUAGAGUCUGUCUUGCUUAUACUUGCUCUUAAUUAUAGGUGAAAUGUAUAUAGGCACCUUUAUCACUAAGCUGCUCCGACUCUGAAUAAGCAGAAUUCAUUGUGUACCACCCAACACUUGUCUAUGUAAUGCCAACAAGGUGCUGCAGCCUCAACGAUGAGCAUAAAACUCUCCAGAUUCAAAUAUGACUCAAUGAGAUAUCAAUUUGAUCAUUUUAGUUAUUUCAAAUAUUUUCUAAUAAUUUUGUGGUCAACAUGUAGCUCUUUGAAUUUUGGAAAAAUCAAUAAAACUAACAAAAACACACAACAUUAGUUUUGAACAUUGGAUGUGACUUAAGGUAUCUAUAAUUUGAUUGGAAGAAAAAAAAUGGCCUUUUAUUUUGCAAAUUAUAUUUUAAUUUACUUUUUUUCCAAAGGAUUGACAUAUCCAUAUGUAUUUCUAUUUAAGUGGGAAAGAGCAUCCACGUAGUGAAUCUACUGGAAAAUCUCUUAAUACAUAACAAUAUUAAUAUCUAAUUUAUUAAGUGUAGAUUAGAUACUAAUUGAAC